CAUCUGCAGACCUCAAAUGUUGCAGCGAGAGGAGCAGAGCAGAGAAAGAGACUAGUGGGGAAAAGUUUGCAAAGGGAUCAGGACUAACCUGGACAGCCUUGUAGACUGAUUUUAUGUGUCCGAAAAGUCCUUUCUCCACUUUUUGAUCUUUCGCAACCAUUAUAUUUUACUGUUGGUAGGCAUAUUCGAGAUCGAAAAGGACUUUAACAAUCAUGGAAUUGCUUUGUCUCGAAAUGGACACCAUUGUAAGAGCCCGUCCUGACCCGAAUCUUCUAUUAGAUGACAGGGUACUACAGAGCUUGUUGACCAUCGAAGAGAGGUUUCUUCCCCAGUGUUCAUAUUUUAAAUGCAUUCAGAAAGACAUUCAGCCCUUUAUGCGGAGGAUGGUGGCAACUUGGAUGUUGGAGGUCUGCGAGGAACAGAAAUGUGAGGAAGAAGUUUUUCCACUGGCUAUGAACUACUUGGACCGAUUUUUAGCGGUGGUACCAACAAGAAAAUGUAACUUGCAGUUGCUCGGAGCAGUGUGCAUGUUUCUUGCGUCUAAAUUGAAAGAGACGCGUCCAUUAACUGCAGAGAAGCUGUGCAUCUAUACUGAUAACUCAAUCAGACCGCAGGAACUGCUGGAAUGGGAGCUGGUUGUCCUGGGCAAAUUGAAGUGGAAUCUGGCUGCUGUCACUCCCAAUGACUUUAUUGAACACAUUAUGAGGAAACUUCCACUGCCUGAGGAUAAGCUGGACCUGAUCCGUAAACAUGUGCAGACUUUCAUCGCCCUUUGUGCAACAGAUUUCAACUUUGCCAUGUCCCCUCCAUCCAUGAUUGCAACGGGCAGCGUGGCAGCGGCUAUCUGUGGCCUGCAGCUCAACAGCACUAACCGCUCACUGUGGGGAGACAACCUUACAGAGUUGCUCGCCAAGAUCACAAACACAGAAGUUGAUGUGUUAAAGGAAUGCCAGGAGCAGAUUGAGAGAGUGUUGAUGAAUAACCUAAGGGAGGGUCGCCGGCAGCAGCAGAAACAGCAGCAGCAGGAACAGGGUGGCCCGCGCAGCAAAGCACUUGAUGACCAGGACCAGUCCAGCACCCCAACCGAUGUACGAGACAUCAACUUGUGAGCUUGCUGCAGGAAUGCUGUGAUCAGUCUUCAAGAAAAGAAAAAAACAACAAAAAACAAAAAUGACAAAAAAAACAAACAAACAACCCCAACAAAAAGUGCUUGCUAGUCUUUGUAUAGUUUUAUCUUCAUUUUCCAAAAAAAAAAAAAAAUACUCCCGUAAAUGACAAAAAAAAAAAGAAGAAAAAAAUUCUAAGCUAUUUUAGAUACAAAAAAUAGAUAUUUUUAAAAUGAUUUGAUAAUGAUGCAAAAAGCUCUACGGUGCCUCAGACUCUUAGAAGGGAAGCAUGUAGUAUUUUGCAAACUCUUUUGAUUGUGUAAACAUAAUAAUAUUUAAUGCAAAAGUGAUAGUGUAAAGGGCUUUUCAAAAUAGAGAGUCUACUGUAUCAGACUGGCUUGAAAGGGUACAAAAAGUGGGGCUAUGUUUUUUUUUUUUUUUCUUCCGGUUUUGUUGUGAUUUUUUUUUUUUUUACUUUUUUUUUUGGUUCAUUUUGGAAUGCCUGAACUUGAACACACAUUGAUGUGCCAUGAGUCUGAAUGAACGCACCCAUUCACUUGGCUGUGUACUAAGAAUGCAUUAGGACCAGAAAAUGGGGAUUAAAAAGGAGCUGUGAGACACAAGUCGUAUGCUAAGAACGCAGGGCUCUUUUGCUAGGGCAACAGGGGCUUAUAUCACGACAGUAGACUAUUAAUAUAAUUUUAAUACGAUUAUUAUUAUUAUUCCUGUUAAACAAGAAAAUUAUUGUCUCUUGAUGCUAAUGUUACAGACACUUCAAAUAAGCUUUUGUCAAGCUGCUUGUGUGCAUGCAUUUACGUGUGGUGUAUUUUGGCUCAUGUGCAAGCGUGUACAAGUUUCCCUAUAUCAGGCACUCUUGUGUGAGUCAUGUGGGCUUUGUUUAAUCAUCUAUCUGCGAGUGUUUGGUCAUUGAGACUGAUUCAGUGGUCGGCACAUGGUCUGGACAGGGAUAGCAAAUGAUUCCACGAUGCUUCGAGGGCCUCCUGUAUCAGUGCCUUGUUUUAAAUGCUUUUAUUUACUGGCCUGGAAACUGCUUGAGGGCUGAGCCCAACCCAGUGCACAGAACAUGAGGAGGCAAGAAAAGGGAGCGGACGGAGACGGCUACGUUCCCUCAUUUCUUCUAAAGGCAAGAAGAGUUGUUUUUAAAAUUUGUGGGUAAGGUUGUCCUUUGGGGCAACCUCCCACUAAAUAUUAAAUUUGUAUUGUAUACAGUUUAUAUUGUUAUUACGUAUUUUGUUGUUAGCGUGUUGAAGGAGCCUUAGGCUGAUUUGUGUUUGGUCGAGAGAAGAGUCAUGGACUUGUUUGCAAACAAGUGUUUGCAAAUUUGAUGAGCAGUAAAGGAAUGUGUAGGCAAGAAUGAUUGAGGAUGAGGAUGAUGAUGAAGCUUGGUUAGUUUGAGGUGUGAAGCAUGCUGCUGAGAUGAGGAUGAUGAUACGGAGAAGCAGGAAAGGAAGCCAAAGGAGAAACAACAGCUAUUAUGGUUUCCAUAAAUCACCUAAUAUUUAAGAUCUUAAAUCUAUUUGUCAGUUUAUUUGUUUGUCCUUUUUUUUUUGUCUUGUGUUUGAAUUACAGACCAGUAUCUAAACCAGUUUCAUUGAUACUGCCAGCUCAUAACUGGGGAAGAUUACUCCAUCGGUGUCAGUUUAGUGUUGAGCGUAUUUGCCAUGGAUAACAAAAAGGUUAUGAUUAAGGGGUCUUUUUUUCUUUCUUUUUCUUUUUUUUUUUUUUUGGUAGGGGGGCUGGUUUCCCAUGUUUUGAUAAUGGCAUGUUCGGUUCAUUAUAGCGAUAAAGCAUUGGAAACCAAUGUAUGACAACAGAAACAAAAUAAUAAGGCAAAUUAAUUUAACAAAAUAAAAAAGACCAAAUAACCAGACAACAAAAAGACAGAAAACUGAUCAAAAUGGAAGAAAAUAAAUUGUUUGUUGGUUUGCACGCUCCAUGGGCAGUUUUCUUGAAAUUUGAAAAGAUUAACUUGUGCAACUGUACCAUUGCAGAAAUGUUUUUUUUUAUAUAUAUAUAUAUAGUGCCUUGAGUCUGAUGUGGAAUUUCACCCUGUUUUGCAGAGCUUAAGCAUAAGAUCCACUACCAAGCCAUCCAAAAUAUGCUGCUUCCAAAUCUUGAACUGGCAAGGGAUUUGAAAACUUCCAAAAGUCAUUACAGUGUCCAAAAACAGGGUGCCUCAUCAGCACAAAACGGCUUUCAUAUGCUGAAUUUUCAAAGCUUACCUUGAAAAGGGGCAGUUGAGCUUAGGUUUGUGUCCAUCUACAUAUGCGUGUGUGUUUGUGUGCAUGUCUUUCUGUGUGUAAAGGAGAUAUCUGCGUGUACUCACACAUUUCCUUUGCUGAGAAACAGUUAUUAGUGAUGCUUGAGUUUCGCAAGUCACGUUUCCUCCAUCCUCUCACCAAAACCCGUCAAUCUUAUUGUAUUAAAUUAGUCUGUCUUAAUAUUUUCCCAGCUCUGCUCUGAAAAUGAAUUACAGUACUGUUAACAGAUUGUAUGGGUGGCUAUGUUGUUUGACUUUGAAUAUGGACUGAAGUUACGUUCAUUAGGGGGUAUGAUACUGUAUUCCAAAGUGAUGAGAUGGAAAGGGUGUGAAGACAUCAAUCAAGUGUCAAUAUUGUUAUUGAGUUAUUAUUGUUUUUUCCGCUGCUAAAAAGCUAUGAUUUUUUUUGUUUGUUUGUUUCAUCUUAUACACAAAAAUAACAUUACAUAGUUGUGAUGUCACAUCAGUGUGCUGCUAUUUUAUAAACAAUUGUAUUAUAAUUAUUUUACUGCUUACAGAAUACUUUGAGAAUACAGAAGUAGAGGGUAAAAGAAGAACAUGAAAUGAGUAUUCGACUGGAAAUGCUCUUUGUACAGUGUGCUCUUAUAAAGGCAUGUUUCUUUACCUUUUAGUCUUUUCCUCCUCUUCUUUCUCUGUCACAUUCUGUAAGUAUGGUAUCUCUAUACCUCAGGUUUACUGGACAUGAAAGACUUUUUCCAUUACCUCACACAACUCACAACAGUUUUUUUUUCGGGAACCUGGAAAGGACAGCACAUAGAAGAGGUUAUGAUAUGUCUGAUGUAGUAGGCUAAAUACAGUUGAAUUUCGAUGUACUGUAGAAAGCUUACAAGGCUCCCACCUGGACAUCAGAAAUAGUGGAUGGAGGAGGUGACAGAUGUCUGAUUGACAAUGUCUUGUGUACCCUUCCCAUUCCAGUGAAUAAAAACCUGUAAAUAUAAAAUAAGCAACAUUGAGUAAAGGACUCCUCCCUCCACUAUAACCAUAUCAUGUACCUCAGUUAUGUCUGUUGCACAACCUCUGUUCAAUAAAUAUCUGCUUUAACGAGUGUGGUGCUAUGUUGGUCCUAUGUUAUUCUUAACCUUUUAUUGGCAAUGUUAAUGGUGAAAAUAACAACGGGAAUCUAUCCAGCAUGUCAUAACCUGGUAGAGAAUGACUGCAAAGAUUGAGUGUGCGUAAUCAGACAGACUGGGUGAAAAUUACACAUUUGAACAGGUUGAACUUUUAUAUUCAGCCAUCCGCUAAAUAAUUAUAACUUAAAUAAGUUGGAAAUUGUUACAGCUGAUUUAUAAGAGAUGAAUUAUAGGGUGAAGUCAUUAGGGCUUGGCAAUUCUGUGGAUACUCUUUGGAUUUCUGUUGAACUCAAAUUUGUCUUUGAGAGCAUGAAUGAAGUUAAAGGAGAGGACAUGCUGUAUGCUAAGGUCAAUAAAACUUACCAUGAAA